AUGGAACUCUCCUUUCAAUCAGAUUACUAUAGUGAUGAUGAUUAUUGGGACGACCACAUGAUGCUUUUCAUAAAAGGAAGAGAAUCUGAGUAUGGCAGCAAACUACUUGCACUUGUAACAACUAUCGAUCUUUCCAACAAUGGGUUGUCUGGAUAUAUCCCUGAAGAGUUUGGGAAUCUACAUGGAUUGCGGAACUUAAAUCUAUCUUGGAAUCACUUGAUAGGAGAAAUACCAAAUAACAUCAGUAAUUUGCAACAACUGGAAAUACUUGAUCUAUCAAGAAAUGAUCUUUCAGGUGCAAUUCCUUCAGGCUUAGCGGAUUUAAACUUUUUAGAUCAUUUGAACUUGUCAUACAAUAAUCUUUCUGGUAGAAUUCCCACCGGCAAUCAGCUGCAAACUCUUAAUGAUCCAACUAUCUAUGCCGGCAAUCCAAAUCUUUGCGGUCCUCCUCUUUCCAAAAUUUGUACAGACGAUGUGUCCGAAGGUAAUGAAGGAGAGCCAAAUGAAGACGCCGAUAGUAGAAUUGAAACUAUUUGGUUAUACGCAGGUAUCACGCUGGGAUUCAUCACAGGAUUUUGGACAGUUUUUGGAACCCUUCUGUUGCACAGGAGAUGGAGGAUUGCCUACUUCAGAGCUGCUGAUAGCAUGUAUGACUCGCUCUGUACUGUGAUCUUAGUGAACAUGGCAAGGAUCAAAACGAAAGUACUGAGAAGAAGUCGUGAUAACUGA